GCAAGCUAGCUGGGAAGCUCCCAGUUCUAAAGAGAGGCUGUUUACCAGAAGAACAUAACAAGGGCUGGUCUGACUCUAAGGCUGAGUCUGGAAGGCAGAGCUAGCGCCAAGGGGACCCCAGUAGGACACUGGUUGGUCAGCCACCUGCGAGACGAAGGAGGUGAGGAUGCUGUUGGCCUGGGCGCAAACAUUCCUUGUCAGCAACAUGCUCCUAGCAGAAGCCUAUGGAUCUGGAGACUGCUUCUGGGACAACGGCCACCUGUACCGGGCGGACCAGCCCUCUCCCGCCUUGGGCCUCCUCUGCCUCAACUGGUUGGACGCACACAGGAGCCUAGAGUCGGUCCCUGAGUCAGGCGCCGGCAACCACAGCUACUGCCGGAACCCGGACCAGGACCCACGGGGCCCCUGGUGCUACGUCAGCGGCGAGGCUGGCGCUCCUGAGAAGCGGCCUUGCGAGGACCUGCGCUGCCCAGAGACCACUACCCAGAUCUUGCCAAUCUCUCCAGAAACUGAGGUGACAUCUGAAGUGCCAAAGGAAGAUGAAGUGCAGAUGUUUGCUCCUGCUAAUGCCCUGCCUGCCCGGAGUGAGGCAGCAGCUGUGCAGCCAGUGAUUGGGAUCAGCCAGCAUGUGCGAGUGAAUUCCAAGGAGAAAAAGGACCUGGGAACCCUGGGCUACGUGCUGGGCAUUACCAUGAUGGUGAUCAUCAUUGCCAUCGGAGCCGGCAUCAUCCUGGGCUACACCUACAAGAGGGGGAAGGACCUGAAAGAACGACAUGAGCAGAAAGUAUGUGAGAGAGAGAUGCAGCGAAUCACACUACCCCUGUCUGCCUUCACCAACCCUACCUGUGAGAUUGUGGAUGAGAAGACUGUUGUUGUCCACUCCAAUCAGACUCCAGUUGCUGACCUUCAGGAGGGCAGUGCGCCCCUCAUGGGCCAAGCAGGCACACCUGGGGCCUGAGACUGCUCCCCACAAUGGACAGGAGCCCAGGCAGACACUGGUACAGGCCAACCUACCCUCCUACAGUUGGGAGAAUCUACACUUUUUGUUGUGGUUAAAUCCCUCCCCCUACUUUUUCUUUGUGUGUGUGAAUCCUGAAACAUAAGCAGGUAUUGCUGUAGCUGAGGGUGACGCUGGGUAGGGUCCUGCCAAAGUUCCUUUCCAUCCCUUAGAGGAGUAUUUUGCCUGUAGAUGGAGACGGUGGCAGCCCCCACAGUAGUGCUGCUGACAAGGGCUUCCAAACAUACCCGUGCCCCAGAAUUGAACCAGGGACGGAUGGGAGUUCUCCCAGACUCCCUCUGUGUUGUUAUCCAAGAUGGUCUCAGCCUUUGCCUUUCCGUUUAUUCUCUGUGGGCUCGAGUGACGCACACUGUUAUUCAUAGUUCAGGUCAAGCAGGUCGUGGUUGUGGGACAGUUAAAAGUAUAUAGUUUUUUUAAAUAUCUGGGAUGGAACUCCCUACUGACCUCUGAGAACCGGAAAUAAGUUUUGUACAAAAAGUAAAAACUGGGCUGAGAAUGAGACUAUGCUUGUUUGCUGGCAGCAAUGUGCCUUGACAGCCAUAGACUGGGCCCAAGGCCCAGGGCCUCUUCCUGUUUCAAAGCGCAGGGAAGAACUCACUGGACAUUCCAUAUGAGGGGGUAGAGAAGAACCUAUGGCUGCCUUAGACUUCAGCUCCUGAGGUGGACUGAGGGACCCAGUCUCUUCAGGUGACCGGUGGACUUUUUGCAUUUUGCAGGGGUGAGAAAUAGCCAGCUAACCUGUGGGAAUUACACUAUGGGGUCCUGUGAGCUGCCUCUGAGAGGUUACCCUGGAGACUAAGCUCAGAGGCAAGGCAAUGAAGUACGCCAGGGCUUGCUUCUGCAGUGGCCUGAGUCUGUUGGCUGCCUAGUGGCCUCCAGGCCAGUGCCUUUCUCUGGGGCAGCUGAGCAAGGGUCACAACCUGUAACUAAUA